AUGUCUUCUAAUAACAAAUGGGAUGUCGAAACAACUAUUAAAUUUAUACAAUUAUAUAAACUACAUCAGUGCCUGUGGAACUUUCAAUCUCCGGAAUACAAGAUAAAACAAAAACGGGAUGCAGCAUAUAAGUCCAUAGUUGAGGAAAUGAAUAUCUCUGGAUUUGGUGCGAUAGAAGUUAAAAAUAAAAUAAAAAAUUUAAGAUCGACCUACCAACAAGAAAUUAAAAAAAUUCAAGACUCGAAGAAAUCUGGAGCGGGGCUCAGUAAUGUGUACACUUCUAAUAUUAAGUGGCUGAAAGAGAUGGAAGAGGUCUUUUCAAAGGAUUUAAAGAAAAAAGUUUAUGAAAACAUUAGUCAUUCCGCUAAUGAAGACACUGGUCCUCAGGACAAUAGCCCUGCUACCUCCUCACACUCAAACAACAACCAGGAAGUACCAGCUAUUACAUCUGAUCACCAGCAAGUACCAGUAACUGUAACUACGACUACUGCCUCGGCGACUAUUACCAAUACCAUAAAUACUGCGAGAGGUAAAAAGAGGGCUAGAGAUAUUUUUCAAGCCGUUUCUGAUUUAAAAAAGUUAAAUGAAGAUGUAAAUUCUGAGAAAGAAACUGUAUUUGAUGUUUUUGGAAGGAGUGUUGCAUUGCAACUUAAGAAUUUAUCGACAGAGAAUGCUUUACUAGCACAAAACAGAAUACAGAAUAUACUGACCGAUUAUGGGAUUAAAGAACUUAGACAAAGUACUGCAUACCAUUCUUCUUCGUCUAAUCGCAGCGACCAAAGGCCGUCUUCUGUACAUUCAGACACCACUUAUGCUAGUUCUCAAAAUACAUAUCAUCAUCAAUUUCCUGAAAAUUAUGAUGAGGAUUAUGCAUCGCAAAUAUCGCAAUCAAUCUUAGCUGCAUCUUCUCCAGUACAUAAUGUCAACAGUCUGCCAAAUUCUGUGAGUACCAAUGACAUUUUAGCUAAUGCGAUGUAUGCAGCUUUUCAGACAGACGGAAGACAACAAAUGUAAUUUUCAAAUAAAUAAAUAAAUAAAUAUUGUUAUGUUUUAUUUAUAGCAUGUAAGAAAAAAAUACGUACCUUUAAAUAAUUCUCCAAAUAAGUAAAUAUUGCAUCCAUGACUU